AUGUCACCACCAAAAGGAAGAGAGAAGAUUGUUGCACCGAGUUGGGUUGCAACCCCGAGUAGGGCUGAGUCAGCAAGAAUUAGCCCAAUAUACAAUGAUGAGGUGCCAAUUGAUACACUGAAGAAGCACCCCAGCAGGGCGUGUAAAACACCAAAGCACGUGACCUCGCUGACAAAUCCGCGACCCGGCGCGUCUCACCUACCAGUGCUAACGCUCAACGUGCAGAUCUGCAGCUCCCGUUCCGUCGUCUUCCCAUUACAGGAUGCGCUGCUGUACCUGCACUUGAGGAUUACUCGUAAGCACAGAAACCACUCACCGACGGAGCUCGCCGGGCCUCUUGUGUCGUCAUAUGUCGCGUCCAUCAAAGCUGUUGUUGCGACACAAUUCUGUCGAAAUUUCGCGUGCGCACACGCAGAAAGAAGGCAAGUCUCUGCUACUCCAGAUGUUCCUAGAGAUCUAGCCGCACGUACUCUGGAUAUAUUUGCGGCUAACAUCACGCUGCAGCAUGUUCUUGCCUUAGUGAACAAUCUGUACGCUGCUUUGGAACACUACCAGGCUGUAGCAGCUCAUAAACAACGCGAAGAUGUCAAGACUAUUGCCACCACAACAGCCCACAAUGCAUGCAUAGAUGGUGAUUUAUCUACUGACGAAGAACUACUCAUGCAAGAUAUCAAUACCGAUGCGAACAACCAUAUUCCCUAUAUCCUAGCCAUCACGACCUCCCGUAUUGCUUGUGUAAAUGGAGACUUAUCUACCGCCGAAGGACUACUCACUCAAGAUAUCAACACCAGUCCGAACAACCAUACUUCCUAUGCCCAUCGGUCAUUCGUCAUGGCGCGAAAAUGCGACUGGGACCACGCCCUCCUGGACGCAAUCAAGUCCAUCAGGAUUCGGCCCUCAUUGAUGGGCUAUAUCUCCAAGGGUAUUGCCCUUUGUGGAAAAGGCUGCAUCCUGGAUGCGAGGGCAGCAUUUGAUGUUGCAUCCAUGUACACGGACCAGGAUUCAGAAAUCGUUCAUUUUCUGCUAUUGAUCAAGGCCAUCACGCUCUUUAAUGCAGAUCAACAUGACGAGGCAAACCUGCUCCUCAAAGAGCUCGCUGCUGGUUGUCCGAAUGCCAACACUCUCGCAUGUGGCAUCGUGCAAGCAUAUCUACACGUUCAACUUGGGAUCAAAGCCUUGGAUGGCGCACACUACGACGAAGCCACCGACCAUUUCACUGCCGCUAUUGACUCCAGCAAUUUAUCAUCAGAAUCGGACAUUCAUGAAGUAUAUGAAGAUUUGGUGGUGUCAUACCAACACAUGAUGACUUCAAGUGACGAAAUGACCAAAGCCGACUGCCUUGAUUGGUCCAACGAUUUCAAACAGGAAUGCAGCGCACUCUGCACUGCCAAUGGAGAGGCUGCCUUCGCUGCAAGUGAUUACGACAAGGCUAUCGACCUAUACUCGAUGGCAAUCGACCUGGGUUCUGCAUCCGAUGUCUUCUUUGCAAAUUGCAGCCAGGUAAAGUUGAGUAAAAUGCUGUGGGAGGAUGCGCUCCUCAACGCCCGAAAGCCCAUGUUGACUUCGGCGAUGCCGCUGCGUGGCACGCAACGUUACGAUGAAGCCAUUGAGGCCUUCACAAUCAUGUUGUCCAAGUUGGACGAUGCUCCUGAAGCUCAGAUACGAGGGUUUGCAUUGGUUGCAGAAGAACACGUCGAGGGCGAGGGCGCGAGGGCAAGUCUGAACGAGCACCGCACUCCCAAAUUCUGUCAUCAAAAGACCAUCCUUCUCUAG